GGAGCGGUUCAUCUUAGUCUUAUACCAUACACCAAACCAAACCUUUUAUCUGUGACUUUGUGUCUGUUGUGUGAAGUAUAUGUAGCUCACAUAACCAUGUCUAUCCCACCAUAUCUGCUGGGCCCUAAUCCAUGGGCCACUAUGAUGGCCCAACAACAAGUCCAGCUAGCAGCUGCCCAAGCACAUGCUGCACAAGCUGCAGCUCAUGCACAAGCAGCUCAUCAUGCUCAUAUGCAAGCAAUGGCUGGACCACCAUUGCCUCAGAUGCCCAAACAGCCUGAAGUCUUAUCUGAGGACAAACUUCAGGAGAAAGCACAAAAAUGGCAGCAGUUGCAAUCAAAGCGAUUUGCGGAGAAAAGAAAGUUUGGUUUUGUAGAUGCUCAAAAAGAAGAUAUGCCAGCUGAACAUAUAAGAAAGAUUAUUAGAGAUCAUGGUGAUAUGAGCAGUAGAAAAUAUCGGCAUGACAAACGUGUUUAUUUAGGAGCAUUAAAGUACAUGCCACAUGCAGUUAUGAAAUUGUUGGAAAACAUGCCUAUGCCAUGGGAACAAAUAAGAGAUGUGAAGGUCUUGUAUCAUAUUACAGGAGCUAUUACAUUUGUCAAUGAAAUUCCAUGGGUUAUAGAACCUGUAUACAUAGCACAAUGGGGCACAAUGUGGAUUAUGAUGAGACGGGAAAAAAGAGAUCGUAGGCACUUCAAGAGAAUGAGGUUCCCACCUUUUGAUGAUGAAGAGCCUCCUCUAGAUUAUGCGGAUAACGUUUUGGAUGUUGAGCCUUUAGAAGCCAUACAAAUUGAACUCGAUUCAGAAGAAGAUGAAUCGGUUGCAUCAUGGUUUUAUGAACAUAAGCCAUUGGUUGGUACUAAACAUGUUAAUGGAUCUACAUAUCGGAAAUGGAACCUGACGUUGCCACAGAUGGCCACUCUGUAUCGAUUAGCUAACCAAUUGUUAACUGAUUUGGUGGAUCAGAAUUUCUUUUAUCUCUUUGAUCUUAAAUCAUUCUUUACUGCAAAAGCUUUAAAUAUGGCUAUUCCCGGAGGACCAAAAUUUGAACCAUUAGUGAAAGAUUCAAAUACUGCUGAUGAAGAUUGGAAUGAAUUCAAUGAUAUAAAUAAGAUUAUUAUCAGGCAGCCGAUUAGAACAGAAUACAGAAUUGCAUUUCCUUAUUUGUACAAUAAUAUGCCUCAUUUUGUGCAUCUUUCAUGGUAUCAUGCACCAAACGUUGUGUACAUAAAAACCGAAGAUCCAGAUUUGCCUGCGUUCUAUUUCGAUCCGUUAAUUAAUCCAAUUUCUCACAGAAAUUCGUUGAAAACAAUAGAGCCGCAAAUCGAUGAUGACGAAGAUUUUGUUCUGCCUGGUGAAGUGCAACCGUUUUUACAAGAAAUACCCCUUUAUACAGAUAAUACAGCAAAUGGAAUAGCUCUUUUAUGGGCACCAAGGCCAUUUAACACCCGUUCGGGAAGAACAAGAAGAGCCAUAGACAUUCCGCUGGUUAAAUCAUGGUAUAGAGAACAUUGUCCGCCUGGUCAGCCUGUAAAAGUACGAGUUAGUUAUCAAAAGCUAUUGAAAUACUUCGUGCUAAAUGCAUUGAAGCAUAGACCACCGAAACCGCAGAAGAAACGCUAUCUUUUCCGUUCCUUCAAAUCGACCAAGUUUUUCCAGACAACAACGAUCGACUGGGUGGAGGCCGGUUUGCAAGUAUGCCGUCAAGGAUACAAUAUGUUAAACUUACUGAUACACCGAAAAAAUCUAAACUAUCUUCAUUUGGACUACAAUUUCAACUUGAAACCUGUCAAGACGCUUACAACAAAAGAAAGGAAAAAAUCGCGGUUUGGCAAUGCUUUCCACUUGUGCCGAGAAAUUCUUCGUCUAACCAAACUCAUAAUCGAUUCUCACGUUCAAUAUCGAUUGAAUAACGUAGACGCAUUUCAACUUGCUGAUGGAUUGCAAUAUAUCUUUGCGCACGUUGGUCAGUUAACUGGCAUGUAUCGAUACAAGUAUAAACUAAUGCGGCAAAUCAGAAUGUGCAAAGACUUGAAACAUUUGAUUUAUUAUCGUUUUAAUACCGGUCCAGUUGGUAAAGGACCCGGAUGUGGAUUUUGGGCGCCCGGUUGGCGUGUCUGGUUGUUCUUCAUGAGAGGUAUCACUCCUCUUCUGGAAAGAUGGCUAGGUAAUUUGUUGUCAAGACAGUUCGAAGGUCGUCACUCAAAGGGAGUUGCGAAAACUGUCACAAAACAACGAGUCGAGUCACAUUUCGAUCUUGAAUUACGAGCGUCUGUCAUGCAUGACAUAGUAGACAUGAUGCCCGAAGGAAUAAAGCAAAACAAAGCACGGACGAUUCUUCAACAUUUAAGUGAAGCCUGGCGCUGCUGGAAGGCAAAUAUCCCAUGGAAAGUACCGGGUUUGCCGAUUCCUAUUGAGAAUAUGAUAUUACGUUAUGUCAAAAUGAAAGCCGACUGGUGGACCAACACAGCUCAUUACAAUCGAGAGAGAAUUCGACGUGGUGCGACAGUAGACAAGACUGUCUGCAAAAAGAACCUCGGUCGCUUGACACGUCUUUAUUUGAAGGCCGAACAGGAACGACAACACAAUUACUUGAAAGAUGGUCCGUAUAUAUCGCCCGAAGAAGCUGUGGCUAUAUUUACCACUUCGGUACAUUGGUUAGAGUCGCGAAGAUUUGCACCAAUACCGUUUCCACCUUUAUCUUACAAACACGAUACAAAACUAUUAAUAUUGGCUCUGGAACGUUUGAAGGAAGCUUACAGUGUUAAAUCCAGACUAAAUCAAAGUCAACGAGAAGAAUUGGGUUUGAUAGAACAAGCAUAUGACAAUCCACACGAGGCAUUGUCGAGAAUCAAGCGACAUUUGCUCACGCAGAGAGCUGUCAAGGAAGUCGUUAUUGAAUUUAUAGAUCUCUACAGUCAUUUGAUUUCUGUAUACGACGUAGAACCGCUCGAGAAGAUUACAGAUGCCUACUUGGAUCAGUAUUUGUGGUACGAGGCGGACAAGAGACGACUCUUCCCGCCUUGGGUGAAACCGGCUGAUACAGAACCGCCGCCGCUCCUUGUUUACAAGUGGUGUCAAGGUAUCAACAAUCUUCAAGAUGUAUGGGAGGUCAAUGAGGGCGAGUGCAACGUGUUGCUUGAAUCCAAGUUCGAGAAGCUGUACGAAAAGAUCGAUCUUACGCUACUCAAUAGAUUGUUGCGACUAAUAGUCGACCAUAACAUCGCCGAUUAUAUGACGGCAAAGAACAAUGUUGUCAUUAAUUACAAGGAUAUGAAUCACACUAACAGCUAUGGGAUUAUCAGAGGUCUGCAGUUUGCGUCCUUUAUCGCUUAGUAUUACGAACUAGUGUUGGAUCUACUGGUACUGGGUCUGCAGCGAGCCAGCGAAAUGGCCGGUCCGCCGCAAAUGCCGAAUGACUUCUUAACUUUUCAAGAUGUUGCUUCCGAAACAGCGCAUCCUAUUCGAUUAUAUUGUCGCUAUGUCGAUCGAAUACAUUUGUUUCUGCGCUUUUCCGCUGACGAGGCAAGAGACCUUAUUCAGCGAUAUCUUACCGAACAUCCCGAUCCGAACAAUGAAAACAUUGUCGGCUACAACAAUAAGAAAUGCUGGCCGCGAGAUGCUCGGAUGAGACUGAUGAAGCAUGAUGUUAAUCUAGGCCGCGCUGUUUUCUGGGAUAUAAAAAAUCGUUUGCCACGUUCCACUACUACUAUUCAAUGGGAGAAUAGUUUCGUCAGCGUCUACAGCAAAGAUAAUCCCAAUUUGCUCUUUAAUAUGAGCGGAUUUGAAUGCAGAAUUUUGCCCAAGUGUAGAACGACUCAUGAGGAGUUUACGCACCGUGAUGGCGUCUGGAAUCUUCAGAACGAGAUUACGAAAGAAAGAACUGCGCAAUGCUUUUUGCGCGUCGAUGACGAGAGCUUGCAACGUUUUCACAAUCGUGUCAGACAAAUUUUGAUGGCCUCGGGUUCAACUACGUUUACAAAAAUUGUCAAUAAAUGGAAUACCGCGUUAAUCGGUCUGAUGACUUACUUCAGAGAAGCUGUAGUAAAUACGCAAGAAUUAUUGGAUCUGUUAGUCAAAUGCGAGAACAAGAUUCAGACACGUAUCAAGAUUGGACUCAACUCCAAAAUGCCUUCGCGCUUCCCGCCUGUCGUUUUUUAUACUCCUAAAGAAUUGGGAGGUUUGGGAAUGUUAUCGAUGGGUCAUGUAUUGAUACCGCAAUCGGACUUGAGAUGGUCGAAGCAAACUGACGUAGGCAUAACACAUUUUCGUUCGGGUAUGAGUCACGAUGAAGACCAAUUAAUUCCGAAUUUAUAUCGAUAUAUACAACCUUGGGAGUCAGAAUUUAUUGACUCUCAGCGCGUCUGGGCGGAGUAUGCAUUGAAGAGACAAGAAGCCAACGCUCAGAAUCGUAGACUUACUUUGGAAGAUCUCGAGGAUAGUUGGGAUCGCGGCAUUCCUAGGAUCAAUACUCUGUUCCAGAAGGAUCGACACACACUGGCGUACGACAAAGGCUGGCGCAUUCGCACAGAAUUCAAGCAAUACCAAGUGCUAAAGCAGAAUCCGUUUUGGUGGACUCAUCAGCGUCACGAUGGCAAACUAUGGAAUUUGAACAACUAUCGAACCGAUAUGAUUCAGGCGCUCGGUGGUGUCGAAGGAAUCCUCGAGCAUACUCUUUUCAAAGGUACUUACUUCCCGACAUGGGAAGGUCUCUUCUGGGAAAAAGCUUCCGGUUUCGAGGAAUCGAUGAAAUAUAAAAAGCUGACAAACGCGCAACGUUCCGGUCUCAAUCAGAUUCCUAAUCGUCGUUUCACUUUAUGGUGGUCGCCUACGAUCAAUCGCGCCAACGUCUACGUCGGUUUCCAGGUGCAACUAGAUCUAACGGGAAUAUUUAUGCACGGCAAAAUACCAACUCUUAAGAUUUCGUUGAUUCAGAUAUUCCGCGCUCAUUUGUGGCAAAAAGUUCACGAAUCCAUUGUGAUGGAUCUCUGCCAAGUAUUCGAUCAAGAAUUGGACGCAUUGGAAAUUGAGACUGUUCAGAAAGAAACGAUUCAUCCUCGAAAAUCUUACAAGAUGAACUCAUCGUGCGCGGAUAUCUUGCUUUUCUCCGCCUACAAAUGGAACGUAUCUCGACCGUCGCUUCUUGCCGAUUCCAAAGAUGUGAUGGACAACACAACCACGCAGAAGUAUUGGAUUGACGUUCAGCUAAGAUGGGGCGACUACGACUCUCACGAUAUUGAGAGAUAUGCUCGCGCCAAGUUCCUGGAUUACACUACAGACAAUAUGUCUAUCUAUCCAUCACCCACCGGUCUUUUAAUAGCUAUAGAUUUGGCGUACAACUUGCACAGCGCCUAUGGCAAUUGGUUUCCCGGCUGCAAGCCGCUAAUACAGCAAGCUAUGGCGAAGAUUAUGAAGGCAAACCCCGCAUUGUAUGUCUUGCGUGAACGCAUCCGUAAAGCGUUGCAACUUUACUCAUCCGAACCUACGGAGCCUUAUCUCUCCUCACAGAACUACGGCGAACUCUUUUCCAAUCAGAUUAUUUGGUUCGUCGAUGAUACAAAUGUGUAUCGCGUGACGAUUCAUAAGACCUUUGAGGGUAACUUGACAACAAAACCGAUUAACGGUGCAAUCUUUAUUUUUAAUCCACGCACUGGACAACUCUUCUUAAAAAUUAUUCACACCUCUGUCUGGGCCGGACAGAAGCGUCUUGGUCAGCUAGCUAAAUGGAAAACUGCCGAAGAAGUUGCUGCUCUUAUUCGUUCGUUACCAGUGGAGGAACAGCCCAAGCAGAUAAUUGUUACUAGGAAGGGAAUGUUGGACCCAUUGGAAGUACACUUACUGGAUUUCCCCAACAUAGUUAUCAAAGGAUCCGAACUGCAAUUACCAUUCCAAGCAUGUCUUAAAGUAGAAAAGUUCGGCGACUUGAUUUUGAAAGCAACCGAGCCACAGAUGGUGCUUUUCAAUCUUUAUGACGACUGGCUUAAGACCAUUUCAUCUUACACUGCGUUUUCGAGGCUGAUUCUCAUUCUUCGCGCUCUACAUGUGAAUACUGAACGAACAAAAGUCGUGUUAAAGCCCGAUAAAACCACUAUAACCGAACCGCAUCAUAUAUGGCCGUCGCUGAGUGACGAUGAGUGGAUCAAAGUAGAGGUGCAGCUGAAAGAUUUAAUCCUCGCGGACUAUGGCAAAAAAAACAAUGUCAACGUCGCGUCACUCACUCAAUCUGAAAUUCGUGAUAUCAUUCUUGGCAUGGAGAUAAGCGCGCCAUCCGCGCAACGUCAACAAAUCGCCGAGAUUGAGAAGCAGACUAAGGAACAGAGCCAGCUCACUGCCACUACCACACGAACGGUCAACAAGCACGGCGACGAAAUUAUAACCGCGACUACGUCUAAUUAUGAGACGCAAACGUUCAGUUCAAAAACUGAAUGGCGAGUGCGAGCUAUCUCUGCGACCAAUCUUCAUCUUAGAACGAACCACAUCUAUGUCUCGUCUGACGAUAUCAAGGAAACUGGUUAUACCUAUAUUUUACCGAAGAACGUACUAAAGAAAUUUGUUACAAUCUCUGAUCUGCGAGCGCAGAUUGCCGGCUAUCUGUAUGGAAUCAGUCCGCCUGAUAAUCCUCAGGUAAAAGAAAUCAGGUGUAUUGUAAUGGCACCCCAAUGGGGAACUCAUCAAACGGUUCACUUGCCAAAUACAUUACCUAACCAUCAGUAUUUGAAGGAAAUGGAGCCGCUGGGUUGGAUACACACACAGCCCAAUGAGCUACCGCAACUCUCGCCACAAGAUAUAUCCACUCACGCCCGAAUCAUGGCGGAGAAUUCCAUUUGGGACGGUGAAAAAACCAUCGUCAUUACUUGCAGCUUUACACCUGGCUCCUGUUCUCUCACAGCGUAUAAGCUGACGCCAAGCGGUUUCGAAUGGGGCAAACAGAAUACGGACAAAGGCAACAAUCCGAAAGGUUAUCUACCCAGUCAUUAUGAAAAAGUACAGAUGCUUCUGUCCGAUCGUUUCCUGGGCUUUUUUAUGGUGCCUAGUCAAGGCUCGUGGAAUUACAAUUUUAUGGGAGUGAGACACGAUCCUAACAUGAAAUUUGAGUUGCAACUGGCAAACCCGAAAGAGUUUUAUCAUGAGGUGCAUAGACCGGCUCAUUUCCUCAAUUUCUCGAGCUUAGAAGAUGGCGAAGGAGUUGGGGCAGAUCGAGAAGAUAUGUUUGCGUAAAUUAAAAUCUUCAUUUAAUACUUUUAUAAUAGUUUUAAUUGACAAAUCGUAUCAAAACAAUACAAAAUGCAACGCAUAAGAUAUAUGUAGUAAUUCAAUUUAAGUUUUUUUGGUUUAUUAUGGCGUUAACUACUAACUAUAUAUAUACAAUAUCACGUACGUAGUGUGUGUAAAAUAUGUAUUAAGUUAUGUUUACUUAGCAACUUAAAAGCGUAGAAACCAUUUUGUUUUAAUUCUUUUACAUUCGAGAUAUUUUUCUCUGCAUAUGUGAUAAUAAUAUUUUUCUCUGUAUCAAAAGGUAAAUUUGUACAAAUCUUUAUGAUAUAUAAUAAUUGAUAUCUUAAUGAUAAAAAUUUGUCUUCUAAAAGCGAAAGAAUAAUAGAACAUUUAUUUGCAUUACAAUA